AUGGACUACCCAAAGAUGAUGGCCAUCAUCCAGGAGGCCUACGCAGACCCGUCAAAGAUUGACCCAGACCGCAUCCUAAACUACAUCUUCGCCUCGACAGGCCACAGCGUCGACAACCCCCCGCCCCAGCCCGUCAUCAACCAACUCAAAAUCGACUUUGCAAAGUGGCUCCCCGCCUUUUGUUUUCUGAAACCAGACCUCGAGUACUGCAAAGAGGGCGUCAUCUCCUUUUACUCGUACCGCGUCUCCCUCCCCGCCAACGCCCUCUUCCUCGCCCUCUUUUCCCUCUCGCUCGUCGGCUUCGUCCUGACCGUCUUCCGCACCCGCCGGGCAUAUCUGUUCAGCGUGGCCAUGAUCCUCGGCGUCCUCGCCGAGAUGAUUGGCUACGGAGGCCGAAUCGUCAGCUGGAAGAACCAGUGGUCCGAGAACCCAUUUCUCGUUCAGGUCUGCUGCCUGACAGUCGGCCCGGCCCUUCUCGCCGCGGGUAUCUACCUCUGCCUCCGCCAGAUCGUCACGGCGUUUGGUCCGGGCAACUCGAGGAUACCGCCAAAGUGGUACACCAGAAUUUUCAUCCCCUGCGACCUAACCUCGCUCUUCCUCCAAGCCGUAGGCGGCGGCAUCGCCUCCGUCGCCAGCAAGAGAAACGAGCCCACCCAGACGGGCGACAACGUCAUGAUUGCCGGCCUCGCCUUUCAAGUCUUUACAAUGUUCGCCUUCAUGCUCGUCGCCGCCGACUUUGCCCUCCGCACCUACCGCCGCGCCCGCCGCGCCCACCUCCCCAACCUCUCCGCCGUCCUCGACAACCACCCGGACAUGGUCCGCCUCCGCCACUCGACCCACUUCAAGGGCUUCCUCGCCGCCCUCGUCCUCUCCACCGUCUGCAUCUUUGUCCGCUGCGUCUUCCGCGUCAUCGAGCUGAGCGGCGGCUGGACGGGGCCCCUCAUGGCCCGCCAGGACCUCUUCAUCGCCUUCGAGGGCGUCAUGAUUGUCAUCUCCGUCGUCGGCCUCAACGUCUUCCACCCGGCCUUUUGUAGUGAGAAGUUGUUUGAGCCGCCUACGGAUCGCCCGGUGGUCAUUCCAAGGCCGCGCAGGAUGAGCGCGGGACCAAAGAUGGUCAACUUUGACUCUUAUGAAAAGGGGAGCUCCAUCGAGACCGCCUGA